GGCAGGCGCAGCUUCUAUCGUACGCACAUUCAAAUUUAAACGCUUGUUGAUUUGAGAAUAAAUUACCGAGAAUGGAUGUUUAUACAUAUGAAAAGUCGUUCCUUGAGCGUCUAAAAGAGGCGAAAGCUGUAUUAUCAUGGGAUAACGCGCCCAUGCCCGCCUCGCAUGUACGCUCUGAAUGGAAGUCCUUUGUUGAGCUGCAAAUAGAGCCAGCAGGUUGGCAGGCUAUGUGGAAAAUACCGCGCGUCAUCUGUGAGGACUUGAAGCUGCGAUAUCCUACCAUUGUGUUUGGGUGCGUCGACCAGGUUAUUUUUGACGAGCUCAAAGCCGUGUUUACGGUAACCGCCGUGCAAGAUCAAGAUGUGCAUUUACCGGAGCGCAAUGAAGUCUCAUUAAUUGAACUGUGGCCAACAUUGCAACAGGAAAACUCGGCACUAAAUGUGGACACCACCGCAGAAUGCAUUGAUCGCUUGCGUUUCUUUUACGCACAUGUGUGGAUGCCUUGGGACAAGGAUUACGAUGAUGAUCGGGAUUGGGUGCAAAUGCAUUUGCAGGCGCGCAUACAGCUUGCUUGUGAUUUGACCAAGAAUCGCUUGCCACGCCCACUGGCACUACAUAUGCGCACUUUAUUAAUGGAGGCGCGCUAUAUACAACAGCGUCUGGAGUAUCUGGAACUUGACAUGAGCGAUGCCGAGGCCGAGAGCGAUGAUGAGGCCGUCGAACUCAAUGACAAUGCCACAGAUCCGCCACGCAAACAACCAAAAACGGGUGGAAGUCCUAAAUCGAAUAACUUGAAUAAGUCAAUGUUGCCGGUGACUGAUCUGAUGUGCCUCCAUCUACGUCUGGCGAUCAUUCGCAGUGAAUUCGAGAUUCUUGAAAAUCCAGAAAUGCGAAGAGCCUAUAGUGAAUUACAAAGCAAUGUGUUAAAGCGUCAUUUGCUGCAGCGCAGUCCCGGACGUCUGAAUCAAAUGGAGGAGAAAUCGGAAAAUAAGCAAAUGUGUCAUCUGGUCACACUUCCGUGCGAACUUCAGACGCAUAUUGCUCUCCUCAAACUGGCCGAGCAGCAUGCAAAGCCGAAUGCUAAAGUUCAGCUUGGCAACACUUUGCAGGAUGUGCUCAGCAUUUCACAGGCCAACGAGGAUAUACUCAUAUCUCCCGGUCAGCACACUAUCAAAUUUCUCGAGCAUCUGAAUGAUAAUGGAAGUAUUAAGGGCCUAAUCGACGCGCAAGCAGUAAUUGAUCCAAAGCAUGAACUAUCAAAGUUGCCUUUAGUCUGCUCAAGUGAUGAGGACAGCACUUUGUUGGUCAUCGAUGGUGACUACACUCUUUCGCACCUAGUACUGGAUUGUCGGCAUGUGCGUCGCGGCAUUUUGCUGCGCAAUGGAACACUUACGCUGCACAGCUGUCGAUUGUUGGGCGACGGGCGCUCCAGCACGCAGGAGGCCAUUGUGUGCAUGCCACAAGGCCGGCUUGAUCUGCAGGAUUGCUGGCUAGAAAGCUUUGCAAUUGGUAUUUCAAUGCGUGCCGAAACGAGCGCUAAGCUUAGCAAUGUAAACAUCAGGAAAUGUAACACCGGCUUGGAAUUGCUGGAUCAAUCGACAAAGCUGCAAAUGCUUGGCCACAAUUGCAAUUUUCAUACCUGUAAGAUAGGCAUUUUAGCAGAUGGCAUCCCUUUGCCCAAUAGCAGUGAAAAGACGUUGGCCCUUAAACAUUUCACUGAUCUGCAACGCUACAAUGAAAGCAACUGGCUGGGGAAUUGUACAUUCAACAAUUGUCUACGCAAUGUACGGGUUUUCAAUGAAUCGGAACAAUUGCUGGCCAAGCGUACCCAUCAGAGUCUUCUAUUGGAGGAUCUUGACGGGGAGAAUAAAGAAAAUAUAAAUUAAUUUUAGUGCUUCUCAUGUAAAUCGUAUAAUCAAAAUGCCAAUAUGUAAU